CCAGAGCAUUAUUUUCAGAAGAAAAAGAAGAGAAAAAAUGGUUCUCCUCGUCCCAUCCACACUCCCACGGGCACCCUACGGAGCAGCCGCGUCCACAUCGUCGCCGACGCCGUUAUCCAUUCACCCGCGCCCAAGGCGGCAUGCUCUCGCCGUCCCGCGCUGCUCCGCUCGCCGGACUCCGCCGCCCACCGACGCAGCCGCCGGCAGGGAGACCGCGGCUGCUGCUUCUUGGGCCGGCAAGCUAGCCGGCGCCGUGCCAUGGAAGGCGGCCGUCUCCGGCGCGCUCGCGCUCACCUUGUCCUUCUCCUGUUUUGUCGGUUUGGUCAAUGCCAAGGCUGGGGUCAACAAGCCCGAGUUGCUCCCCAAGGAGUUCACCACCGUCAUUGACGUCGCCGGUUUCCUCUCUUCAGGCCAGGAAAAUCGUUUACGUCAAGAGAUAGAAGACCUAGAGAAGGACACUGGAUAUAAGUUGAGAGUUCUCGCACAAAAUUAUCCAGAUACACCAGGAUUGGCUAUCAAGGAUUUUUGGCAAGUUGAUGACAGAACUAUUGUCUUCGUUGCAGAUCCCACCUUCGGUAACAUCAUAAAUUUCAACAUUGGUUCAUUGAUUGAUCUAGACAUUCCUCAGAGCUUCUGGAGUCGUGUUGCAGGGAAGUAUGGAAACAUGUUCUAUUGGAAAGAAAAGGGAGAGGAUGCAUCAAUUGAAGGCGCUGUGAUGGCAAUAUCGCGCUGUCUGAGAGAGCCCACAGGGGCAAGUAAUUGUUCGGAGGUAUUUUAGAGGUGGAAGUUCAUCGUGGAAGGACUGUGACAUGACGAAGAUAAGACCAGCGAAUACUAUAUGUACAUAAUCGAAAUGUCAGUUACAUGAACUGAACAUAUUUUUGCCUCAAUUUUCUAAAGUCAAAGGACAUUCGUUUA